UUAUAAAACCUUACCAUUCCUGCGAUACCGGAAGACCCAAUUAGAAUUUCAAUAAGAUGUCCAAUUUAAAACUACACGUCUCCAUUUCCACUACUGCGAAGUACAUUUUAAAAAUGUCGGAGCCGAUCUCAGCAUUUGCGGCAUAUCGGUCAACAAGUUCUAAGAAUAGUAAAUCGAACAAAAAAUCUAACAACAAGAAAGCCGGUGGUGCUACUGGUGGCACUAAUAAAGGUGGUGUCAACAAAAAUAACAACUCCAAAAACAAGUCUUUACUGAAGGAUAAAUCAAAAACAACACCUAAACAGCAUACUGAGACAAAACCAAAUGUAGAUAAAGAAAAAGUGAAGCCUGUCAAGGCUAAAGAAGCAACCAAAGACCAGCUAGCACCUAAAGCAGAACGGACAAAAAGUAAAGGCGCUUCUAACAAAGCAGCCAAAAAAUCCGAGCCAGUAAAGCAAAAACAUAAGGUGCAGCAUACUGCUACUAACGGUAAAGCAGAGACUAACGGCAUUAAUGAAAGUGAAAUUGAUAAGUUGGUAGAUCAAUUGUUGGCUGAUUCACCAUCUAAACCGAAAAAGUUGACUAAAGCACAACAAAAAAAGAAACAAGAUUUGGAGGAAUAUUUGGUGAAAGAGCUGGAAAAAGAUGAUGAGGAUGAGGAUGAGGAUGUACUACAAGAGGAUGUGGAGGGAGAAGAAGAAUCGGAGUAUGAUAGUGAGGAAGAUUAUAGCACAGGCUCGGAUGAGUUUUCAGAUGAGUAUACUAUAAAUAGUUAUAGCGAUUACGAUGAUGAAGAAUCGGACGAAGGGGAGGAAAGUGGUGCAGAAACAGAGGAAGAAAAUGCACCAGCAGCCACUUCGACGAAAAGCAACGCAGCUUCGAAACGUAAAAAUAAUGAUGCUAUUACUUCUAAGCAGGCUAAUGAUAUGAUUGAGUCUAAAAAGGCACGGAUAGCGGAAAAGGCAUCAGAUAAGCGUAAAUCAUUGCCUGCAACCGCAGCAACAGCAGCUAAUGACAAAUCAGCCACUAAGCAAAAAGAUAAACGCCGAAAUUCGUUAGCCGAACAUGGUGGAGACGCCGCGACGACGUCCUCCAACACGAAAAUCGACGUGAAAACCGUCGACGCUAAACUUGUGAAAAUGGAACCACUAUCACCGCCAAAUAAUGUUGUCAAAAUGAAUAGUAUACAAGAAGGUGAAAAAGUAUUCAAUUGGCUCUUGAGUCCGUUAGCAAUUAAGGAAUUCUUUGAAAAGUAUUGGGAAUCCGGUGCUUGCUUGGUUAAGCGCAAGGGUUCAAAUUAUUACUCGCAUCUCAUAUCUUUUGAAGCUAUUGAUCAGAUGUUGCUCAAGAAUCAUGUUGAGUUCACUAAAAAUAUAGAUAUAACUUCAUAUAAAAAUGGUGAACGUGAAACACUCAAUCCCGUGGGACGUGCCAUGCCACCUGUUGUUUGGGAUCAUUACGGCCAAGGUUGCAGUAUACGUCUAUUAAAUCCACAAACGUUUUUGCCAGAGCUCUUUAAGCUCAACACAACCUUGCAGGAGUAUUUCCACUGCCUGGUGGGUGCCAAUGCAUAUCUCACACCCCCGAAUAGUCAAGGUUUCGCACCCCACUACGAUGACAUAGAGGCUUUUGUAUUGCAAAUUGAAGGUCGCAAGCGUUGGCGUCUCUACAAGCCACGCACCGAGGCUGAGCAAUUGCCGCGAAUCUCAUCGAAGAACUUCAGUCAAAAGGAAAUCGGUACAGCAAUUUUUGAUGAAGUACUGGGACCAGGUGAUAUGCUCUACUUCCCACGUGGCACCAUACAUCAAGCCUCCACUGAACCAGGCUAUCAUUCGCUACAUAUCACAUUGAGCGUUUAUCAGAAGCAAAGCUAUGCUGAUCUCUUUGAACGCAUUAUGCCAUUGGUGUUGCAGCGCGCCAUUGAAAACAAUAUUGAUAUGCGACGCGGCUUACCGUUGCACACGUUCCAACAUGCUGGCAUUGCCUUUAGUGAUAAUGACACCAAGGAGCGGGCUGAUCUCUUACGCAAAGUAACGAAAUUGAUGGGUCUGUGCCUGCAUAGCGCACAAUUGCAUGAAGUCAUGGAUGCUGCUGUAGAUCAGCUUGCUAAAAAAUACCAACACGAAGCACUACCACCACACGUGCUGCCCAGUGAACGUGCACGUACCAUAUUCGGUUCUCGUAGCGGGACCAAUGAGAAAGGUGAAUGCAUGUGUGAUUAUGAAAUCGAUGAACGCACCAAUGUACGCCCGUUGCGUGCCAAUAUAAUGCGUCUAGUGCAGGAGGAGGAGAAAGUGCGUAUAUACUACUAUUUGGAUAACUCAAAGGAGUACUGUGAAUAUGACCCCAAUUUCAUUGAGAUCGAACCAGACGAAGCGGCCAGUGUAGAGGUACUUAUACGUUCAUACCCGGAGUACGUUGGUGUGUCGCAGUUACCACUACAAGAUGAUGAGCGGAAGAUCCAAAUGGUCACGGCGCUGUGGGAACGCGGACUACUCAUGACCGAGAAGCCAUUCAAAUGAUAUAUUAAGGAAAUUUACUUGUAGUCUUUGUAUAAAAAAAGUUUUUGUAAAAAUGUUAUAAAUUAUUUGUUGGCUUAUUCUUAAUAAUUUUUUUUUUAUAAAAAUUUUUUUGUAAUAAGCGUUUAUGAUAUCUUAUAAUACCUUCAAACUAAACUCAUCAGCCGUGCUAUUGUUGCUUUCGUAAACUUGCUUAAGGAAUUUGUAGCUGUGGUUUUUGUGAAUAAAGGAAAAUGCGUAAGCAAAGUAUUUGAAUGUACUCUGCCCGACAGCAUGGCGUAUAAGGAAAAAGAAUGCCGCUACAGUAACAACAACAUGGUGUAUAAGAAAGAUUAAAUAAACUACUUCUUGAAAUUCGUUGAACAUACA